UCAAUCACACAACACAAACAGACAGACAGACAGACAGACAGACAGGCGCGCUCACACACGAGAAACAACAAUGGACGCAGUACUGAGUUCAGGACACAGAAUGCCGUUGAUUGGGUUCGGAACAUUCGCGUCCCCCCUGCCACCGCUAGACGUGCUGACAUCCAUAUUCCUCGAGGCCAUUGAAGUGGGGUACCGCCACUUCGACACGGCGGCAUGCUACGGCUCCGAAGAGGCACUCGGCCGAGCUGUGGCUGAGGCCCUAGACCGAGGGCUCAUCGAGAGCCGCAGUCACAUCUUCAUCACCACCAAGCUCUGGUGCACCGACACUCAUCCGGAUCUCGUUCUUCCCGCUCUCAAGAAGUCUCUCCAGAAGCUAGGGUUAAAGUAUGUGGAUCUGUAUCUAAUCCACUGGCCAGUGAGGGUGAAGGAGGGAACCGAAGGGUUCGAUUAUAAGGGCAAAUUGCUUCCAUUCGACAUGAAAGGGACAUGGGAGGCCAUGGAAGAGUGCUUCAAACUGGGUUUAGCCAAGUCCAUCGGAGUCAGCAAUUUUGGCACCAAGAAGCUCUCUGAUCUCCUCUUGCACGCCACCAUCCCUCCUGCUGUUAAUCAGGUGGAGAUGAAUGUGGCAUGGCAACAGGAGAAGCUCCGAGAAUAUUGUAGAGAUAAGGGAAUACAGGUGAGCGCAUGGUCCCCAUUGGGAGCGAAUGGAGCAGCCUGGGGUACAUUAGCUGUUGUGGAGAGUCAUGUGCUCAAGGAGAUUGCUAUUGCCAGAGGCAAGACCGUGGCUCAGGUUGCACUGAAAUGGAUAUAUGAGCAAGGGGCAUCUGCGCUAAUAAAGAGUUUCAACAAAGAGAGAAUGAAAGAGAACCUCCAAAUCUUAGAUUGGGGACUUAGCCAAGAGGAUUUGGGAAAAAUCAAGCUUCAGAUUCCACAGAGAAGAGGAAAUCCCGGUGGCAUGUUCAUUUCUGAGGAUGGGCCUUACAAAUCAUUGGAUGAGCUCUGGGAUGGCGAUGCUUGAAUACCUACAUUUUUAUAGUUUAUAUAAUCGAGUAUAAACUCUAUGAUGAUCUCUUGUUGAUGAUAAUAACAAUCUAUAUGAAUUAAAUUUCGAGAUUUCAUUAUGAUUAUAUCUUCUUCCACACUGUUUUUCUAAAUAUGUUGUGCUAAUAACAGGCUUACUGAGACAUCCUGUAAAUAGAAAAAAAGUAA